AUGGCCGCCGAGGUUGAAGCGCCCAAGCUCCCAUCCCUAGCUGAGCAUUAUUUAGUAGAGAACAAAGAACCAAAACCUGAGGCAGCUCCAAAAUCUGCUGAAGUGGUCGAACCAUCAUCAGAUGCCACUUCCAAGGAAAUUGUGGAGAAAAUCGAGGACACUUCAACUGCUGAUGUGAGUGAAAAAGUUGCUCCUCCUGCUGAAGAAGAAAGCAAGGAAUCGGGCCUCACUGGUGAAACUACUGAGGAUAAUGGAGACCAAGAAAGCAGUGACAACAGUGCUGAAUCCGGGAACUCAGAUGAACAAGAAGUUGAGGAGACUCCUGAGAUCAAGCUUGAGACAGCUCCUGCAGACUUCCGUUUCCCAACAACUAACCAAACAAGGCACUGUUUCACAAGAUAUAUUGAGUAUCAUCGGUGUGUUGCUGCAAAGGGUGAAGGUGCACCCGAGUGUGACAAGUUUGCUAAAUAUUAUCGCUCCCUUUGUCCUGGUGAAUGGAUUGAUAGGUGGAAUGAACAAAGGGAAAAUGGCACUUUUCCAGGUCCUCUGUAA